CGCUUAAACGUUAAAGAAGACCGAUGAAAUGAAGCGCAAAACUGUUAAGUAUUACUUUUAUUUAAAACAAAAUUUACGCGCCAAAUAUGUUUUUUAAUGGUGCGUCAAUAAAUUCAGUGUCUUAAUUUCAAAAUUUACGGGAAAAUGGCUUACAAAUCAACAAAUGAUAGACAUAAUUAUUUCACAUGGUGUAGUGUAGAUAAAUUAAUUAAAUCUUUAUGUAUUCACAAAGAAAAUCAUAAAAGAAAGUUUCAAAAGCAUAAAAGACAGCGAAAAUCCUCUUCUUUAAGUAAGGCACAGGACUUGAUCAAUAAACAAACUACAGAACAUGAUAAUAUAUCACUAUCUAAAGAGAUAUUGAACACAUUUAUGAAUUUGAACAACGAAAGUGGAGAUAAUAACAAUAAUAAUACUGUACGCCAAAGAUUCAAUGCAUUAAAACAAAAUGACAUCGUACGAAAAGAUUUCACAGACGACGACAUAAAAUACAUUCAGUGUAUACACCAUUUAAAUGAAAUUGUUAGUCAAUUGAAUGAUACUAUAAUGCAUGGAGAUGAUGGCAAGAUCAACUUAGGAGGAGAUUAUACACCUUGCGAGGUUAAUAUACAAACAUCCAAUCAGAAUAACAUCUCAAAAAGUGGCACAUUAUUUAAAAAGUUUGAUACAAAUCAAAUGAUAAUCUAUGAAAUAGUUUAUGCUACAAAUUUGUUGACUAAGGCACUAAUGCGAAUGAGGAAGAAUGACCUAAAUUCAAAUGAACAUCUAAGCCGUAAUACUCGAUAUCUACUCAGAGCUCAUUUAAAUACUUUAGAUUUUGAAGAUUGUCCUGGAAGUUGUGAUAUAAAUGUCAUACAGGAACAUCCAGCUGUUCUUGUUAAUAAUGUACCAGCAUUAUGCAAAGCUGAACAGAAUAUAUUAAUAACUAUCGAAGAUAUUAAUCCAAUAGAAGCAACUCAAAACCCUAGUAAAAUGAAAGAUCAAUUGACAAAUUCAUCAUUGAGUAAUCAUUUAAAUUUACCUUCAGAAUCGCAUCAAUCUAUACGAAAGAAGUCAAGAUCCUCUUAUGGGGAUACAGAUAUCUAUUCUGAGUCAACAAAUAUCUCAAUUUUUAUUCCGUAUGAUGAUACAACUUUACAAAAAUACAACUUAAAAACAACACAAAAUUCAACAACACUAUACACCUUUGAAGAAAUGAUAAGCGAUUAUGAAAAUAUUCAACAAUUAGAUUCAUUUUCAAUCUACUCUGAAAAAUUUGGAUCAAAUAAUGAAAGCAAAGAAAUAUCAGUCAAUAAAACUGAAAUACAAAAUGAUUCAGAAGAUAUUAUAAAGAAACAUUCAACUUUUAUAAGUCAAAACAAGCGCCAAACGGAGCAUUCAUUUAAAACAAAGGCGACAUGUCAAAAUAUUGCCAAGAUACCAGCAAAACUCAAUAGAAGAAAUUUAUCUUUGACUCAAAAAGAUAAGGAACAGAAUACUUCUGCCUACCGGACUGUUCACCUUAGUAGAAUAGAAUCUGCUAGAAAAUCAGUCAGUUCUACAGUACGUCCAUCGGUAUCCAAAGAGAAAGUGAAUGCCUCUGGUUCAUAUUCAAAUAAAGUUUUUAUUGUUGGAAGUAACAGGGAGGAAAGAAGUUUGUCAAAAAAUCCACAAAAACGAAAUUCAUGCAAAAGACAUCAAUCCGAGGUUAUUAGGAAAUUGAAAAAUUUAAAUACAAAUAAAGUACCGUUUAAAUAA